AUCUCAAUUUAUCAUUUUUGCACAGAGAUGGAUCUGUGGGGAGUUUAUCUGUUUCAUCUUACAACUUUAGCUCUGUUAGAGGUAAUAAUGGCCGGCAGAGACUGCUUGGUGGCUGGUGACUCAUGCUCAAGUGAUGAGACUUGUAGCCCACGUCUGCGGACUUUGCGUCAGUGUGUUGCGGGCAAUGGCAGCAUGAAGUUGGGCCCCGGUGCGAGGAGCCAGUGUGCCAAUGCGGUGUCGGCCCUACUGUCAAGCCCCUUACAUGGCUGCCAGUGUAAACGGGGUAUGAAGAAAGAGAAGAACUGCCUGAGCAUCUACUGGAGCCUACAUCAGUCCAUCAUACACGGUCUCAACCUGGUGGAGAGUUACCCUUAUGAGACAGUGCAGAGGGAUUAUGACUAUGUCCGCUUGGCCUCUAUUACAGCUGACUCUGAUGUUGGUAUGACAACUGUGAAUCGCUGCCUGGAUGCGGCCAAGGCCUGCAAUGUGGACGACUUGUGCCAGAAGCUCCGCACAGAAUAUGUCUCAGCUUGUAUCAAACCCACUGCCAAGUCAGGCCUGUGCAACCGACCUAAAUGCAAUAAGGCUCUUCGCAGGUUCUUUGACCGGGUCCCUGCCGACUACACACACGAGCUGCUCUUUUGCCCCUGCACGGACACUGCAUGUGCAGAGCGUCGAAGGCAGACCAUUGUACCAAGCUGCUCUUAUGAAAGCGCGGAAAAACCCAGCUGCAUUACACAGAUGCGGAUCUGUGAGGCUGACUAUGUGUGCAGGUCUCGCCUGGCACAGUUUCAAUACGACUGUGAACCCUCUGAAACAUCUGCCAGUGGCUGCAAGCAAAGUAACUACGGAGCAUGCCUCCUCGCCUACACAGGGCUCAUAGGAAGUACAAUAACUCCCAACUAUGUCAACAACUCCACAUCGAGCGUGGCUCCAUGGUGCUCCUGCUCGGCCAGUGGGAGCCGGAGGAAGGAGUGCGAUGAUUUCCUGGGAUACUUCACUGACAACAUCUGUCUCCGGAAUGCCCUCACAGCAUUUGGAAGGGAAUCAGACCAGCAGCCGACUCUCAGCCAGCCCAGUACACCCAGCCCUGACUACAGCAGCAGACAAAACAAGAACAGCACUUCCCAACCAGAAAACAUAGAAACUAUCCCAAACAUCAUUGAUACAAUAAUACCUACACAGGCUAUGGGGAAUGAACUGCUAGUGGGCAAAUCCACCUUGCCUUCCAACAGCCUCCCAAAAUCUGCUUCACCUCCUACCCUAAUGCUUCAAGCUGCCUUCAGCCUACUGUUAUUGCUCCUUCAUCUGCUCAACAAUGGACACUAA